AUGCACUUCUCGACGAGCACCCGCGUUCUCCGCGCCGUCACGCGCGUCCAGCGCACUCUUCCCCGAUUCGCCCCCCGAGUCUCGCCAACACCGUUGCGACCCUCGACAGCCGCAAUGCAGCUCUGCAGCCAAUUCCACACCUCUGCCUCCAGUUCAAGGGAAAAGCCCAAGGACUACCAGGGCGCGACGGACUUUGGCGAGAUGGACGUCCUGGGCAACAUCCCGAUCCCCUCGACCUCGAUUGACGCCUGCGUCCCGGACGGCUUCCACCUCAACAGCGGCGUUAAGAUCAUGGACGGCGACGCAGCGCUGCUCAUCGGCGGCGAAGCGUUCGCGUGGAGGCCGUGGGAGGCGAAGGGAACCAAGAAGCUGAUCAAUGCCAAGGGCCAGUUUGAGCUGCCGGCGGAAGCAUUCGGACUGUUGGAAUUGGUCUGGCCGAGACCUGAUCUCCUCAUCCUCGGUGUCGGCCCCAAGAUUGUACCGCUCAGCCCGGCGACGAGGAAGCACCUCAGCUCGCUCGGCGUUCGCGUCGAGCUUUUGGACACGAGGAAUGCAGCUUCGCAGUUCAACUUGCUUGCUACGGAGCGAGGUGUUGACGAUGUCGCAGGGGCAUUGAUUCCCAUCGGAUGGGUCGACGGCAAGGGAGCUGUGUGA